AUGUUUGAGAUUCUUGUGGAGAUUGCAUUCAGUAUUUUUCUAUGUGCCAUAAUGGCCUAUUACUUCUUCCUCAGUGCCCCUGUGGAGGAGCGCACGGUAGGCGAGGAGUGUGGGACAUGCGUGGCAGGCACGGGGAGUGGCCGCCAUGCUAACGGCGCAGGAGGUUACACCCUGCGGAGUUCACCGCCGCUUGAGCGAAGCCGAAGACGCGAGGGGGCGAUGUGGUGCAACGUGCUGGGUCGAUGGGCAGCCCUUCUCGUGCUUGGUGGUGGCUCUAUUGACAAAGAUGUCUGGACCGACCGCAUCGCCUACUUCAUCGAGAAGGGUGCAAAGAGGUUAGAUGGGGCAAUAAAGCAAAGAAGAACGAGAAGAAGUGAAGGUGCAGGCGAAGAAAGGGGAGAACGAACAUUGCGUGUGAGUCCGGAUACCGUUCGACUUGUGUGCCUUGAACUUGGCGGCGGUGGGCCUUUAAUCGGUGGGUGGAACCAGCAGCACAAACAACAACAACAACAACAACAGCAACAGCAGCAACAACAACAGCAACAAAUGCAGCAGCAACAGCAACAACAAUCGUAUGUACCCACGCAGCCGGUUUCUGGUUUAUUUCACGCGAGAACAGGUAGCGACGGCAAUCGUGCAGGUGUUGUCCACUCUGAGUCACAGGAAGGCGGUGGUGCAGCGUCUCCACCAAUCGGUGCUGUGUUGCCACGCAUAGGGUCUGCUGGGAUUGUGUCGCUGGAGGCCCCAUAUAGCGUGUCCAUGCAUGAAAUAACCACGGAAGGUGGAUCAGCAGCAGCAACAGCAGCAGCAGCGGCGCCGGCAGUUACAAUGGCGAUGGGAUUACAACACACACUACGGUGUUUCAGUGUGCCUAUCAUAUACGAGGAUCAUCAUUUCUUUUUACUAUUGAUGUGUAAUGUUCCCUUGUUGUUUGCAUUGCCGGUGGAACUGAGAAUCCCGGCGGAUGUGUUAACGCUUCGGUGUGCCCUAUCUGUCCGUCGGGUGAUCUUUGAUGGCGUUCUGUAUGCUGCCUUUUGUGGUAACCUUGUGGAGCUUAGCUUUGCGAGCGAGCCGCAAUUCACGGCUUCAUUUGAUGUUUACUCGGAAAAGAGUUGUCAUAGGCAGCAGCUACAACUCCAUCGCCCAUAUUUUUCCCAAGCAUCAUCCUGCGGAAGUGUCCGGGGUACUGCUGCGGGUGAGAGGAGCGCUUCAGUCCCAACUUUGACCCCAUCUCUCGCUGGUAACACGGUCUCUGGGGGAAACCGCUUCAAGGAGAAACUUCAGGAAAUUGUCGACCUGGCGGUGAAACGAUCCUUGCAAUCCAUCACGUAUCCGUGCGUGCUGCGCGGUGUGGUGGGGACAAGCCGCAGGCCGGCACCACAGGAUGGGACCACUGGGGACGAUACAUCAGCGAAUCCCCACGAGGACGGGUUAUUGACGUGGUCAUUGGCGAAAGCAACGUUGCCUCUCUGCUGCUAA